CGCCUCGCGCUGCCCCGCGCCCAGGCGCUCCCGCCGCCCCGCACCGGCGUCUGGCUGCGCGGCCGCAAGAUCUGCGCCAUCGGCGUCCACUGCGGAAGGCACGUGACCUCUCACGGCCUGGCUCUGAACUGCUGCACAGACCUCAGGUGGUUCGACCACAUUGUUCCUUGUGGACUGGAAGGGCUGGGAGUCACCUCCCUGAGCGAGGAGCUCCAGAGGCAUGUCACAGUGGACGAAAUCCUAGAGCCUUUCCUGGACGCCUUUCAGGAGGCGUUUCAGUGCACGCUGACGUUCCCCGAAGAGCCCGUGGGCUUGCCCCCCUGGGUGGAAGAAACAUGAACGCGCCCGGGCGCCUCCUGGAAAUCUGGCUGGAAACUUUGUAUGUCUUGCUUCGGACGACGUAUUUAAAAAUGGACCUUUAAAUAUAUAUUAUAUGAAGAU